AUGAGACCAAACCGAAUCCUGUUUUGGAGCUCAUCUUUAUUAGCUUCAGUUGUUCGUGGUUUACACUUUUACCUGAAACCUGGCGAGAUUAAAUGUUUUUACGAGAGUUUAACCGUAGGUAACUUACUGAUCGGAGAUAUUGAUGGAUUGAUACAGAAAGACGGGGUAUACGUAGAUGAUCCCGACUUGAAAAUAGGCAUAUCGCUAUAUGAGACCUUUGAUGAUGAUCAUUUAGUGCUAAAUCAACACAAUCACCAUAACGGGGAUUUCACAUUUACGGCAUUGGAGACUGGCGAACACAAAAUAUGCAUAAAUCCCGUAUACCCAAUGGAUGUGAGCGUACAAAUAUUCAUGGAAUUGGACAUUGGGUAUGUCACGGCAUUGGAUAGCAGGAGAAAGGGUGAUGCCCAGAACUUGAAAGAAAGAGCUCUCCAACUUACCUACAGAUUAGAAAACAUUCGCAAGCAGCAGAAACGCAUAAGGGAAACGGAGGCUUUGUUUAGAGACCAAAGUGAGACUGCAAAUACUAAGAUCAUUCUUUGGUCAAUUUUACAAAUGAUUGGACUCGCUGUGGUCUGUCUCUUUCAGCUACGAUAUCUGAAGAAUAUUUUUGUUAAAGAAAAGAUUAUAUGA